AUGGUUGAAGACCGGUUACCACCCGGCUUUCGAUUUCAUCCUCGAGACGAUGAACUGAUAUGUGACUACCUCUCCGUCAAGCUCUCCGGUGAUCAUCGAAAACUCAACUCAUGUUUCUUCCCUAUGAUGAUUGAUAUCGAUAUUAACAAGUGCGAGCCAUGGGACCUUCCUGGGUUAAGGACGAAUCGGGCAACAAUGAGCGGGUACUGGAAGGCUACCGGGAAGGACCGUAUGGUGUCACGGAAUGCUACCGUUGUCGGAAUGAGGAAGACACUGGUUUUCUACGAAGGAAGAGCUCCGAAAGGGAAGAAAACCGAUUGGGUCAUGCAUGAGUUUAGGAUGGAAAAACCAACCUUUGACAUUGUUCCUCAGGCUUUCUCAUGCAAGGAAGAUUGGGUAUUAUGUAGAGUAUUUUACAAGAGUAGAGGAAUUUCGUCUAGACCAAUUACGAAGGAUACAUACAACAACUCCGAUGUUGAUUCCUCGCCGCCACCCUUGUCGGAAACCUACAUAACAUUUGAUCAAAACCCUCUUCAUGAUGAAGGCUUUGAGCAGGUGCCCUGCUUCUCCAAUUACCUUAACCAUAACCCUAACCCUAGCCCUAGCCCUAAUCUCUCAUAUGAUCCCAUGCAUGCAAAGAUGAUAAACUCCAUUUUGAACCAACUCACAAAGUUAGAUGGCAACUCCAAGAGGGACUUGGUCCCUUCCAAUGUGACUCAAUUGCCCAUUGAUAGCUCCUUGUGUGAUGUUACUCUACUUCCAAUUUGGAACCCUUUUUAA